AUGGAGAGCUUCCAGAAAUGCAUUUUGCUCCCCCUCAUCCUGACGGCCUGGCUGCCAGGUCUGGGCUUUUGUUACUCCAUCACAAAAGGCCCUGAGAACGCCACAGUGCUGGCUGGCUCCGAGGCCAGGUUCAACUGCACGGUGUCUGCAGGAUGGAAAGUCCUCAUCUGGCUCUCCCAGGGCAGCCCUGUCCUCACUGUCCUCAGCUCCCAGGGCUCUGUGGAGACCACAGAACGCUUCACCUCCAGGAACUACAGCACUGGGGAUGAGUUCACCUCGGAGCUGAUCAUCCACAACACCCAGCUGAGUGACUCUGGCAGGAUUGAGUGCAGCAUCCAGCAACCCAGCCAGAACAACUUUGCCUUUCUCUCUGUUCAAGUUAAUGGAUCUUUACUCAUCAAAAAUAGCACCUUAACAGUAAAAGACAACCAAACAAUUGAGAUUGUUUGUGAAGCCUUAGGAUGGGCUCCAGCUCCAGACAUUGCCUGGAUGACAAAUGACUCUUUGGUUGAUAAAUCGAGCUAUGUUACCCAGCAAAGCCCAGGAUCUCAUGGCCUCCACAAUGCCCUGAGCACCUUAACUCUGACUCCGAGGGACACUGAGGUUUUGACUUGUUUAGCUGACAUAGAAGCACUCCCCAGCCCUCAGAAUGCAACUGUAACUCUUAUUUUUGACAACUCUGCCACGGAAAAUUAUUACAGUGAAGACAACAGGAGCACGUGGGUUAUUGUACUUGCAGUUGUGCUUUCAUUUCUUGGCAUUGUUCUCCUGGUCGUUAUUGUUGUGGUUGCUGUGCGCUGCUGCCUGAAGAGGAGAGGAUCUACCUAUCAAAAUGAAAUAAGAAAAGUUUCAGCUGAGAAGAAAAAAGAAGGUGGUUUGGAAGACAGGCAGAGGAGUGGCAGUGAAAAUCUGGGAUACAUUCCAGAGGAAUUGUGGAACACAGAGCACAGCUCAGGAAUUUCCUCUCUUCCCCCAGUGUUUCCCAAGUUUGCUGGCCCUGAUGACAAUUUGCACAUCAGCUCUGUACCAAAGGUGCGGCCUCAAAGGCGUCCUGAUUAUCCCAUCAGCCCAAAGAAAAUCAGGAAUGUGACACUCGUGUAG